UCGAAGGAAACAGUAGCAGUUCAAUGAAUGAAUGAUCUUUGACGCUGCUGUUGGAUUGACGUAUGCGGGACCUUACAGAGUCAGGAGCGUUGUAACUUCCUACAUCAGCUCGAAGCUGCAAACUACUCACGAAUCGUUUGGAGUUCCUUUCGUAUGAAUGCGAUAAAAACAUCAUGGGGCUACUAGAGAAUUCGCCAAUUCAAAAUCCUCCAACAAGUCCUGCAGAAUUCGAGCGUUCCCCUACCGGAUUGCAAACGAAAGACCUUUCGGGAAAAAACUUCGAGAGCGCUAAACUAAUCAUCGGAAAAGUCCUUGGUUCGGGAGGAUUUGGUUCAGUUUACGAGGUCAUUUAUUCCGGGAGGCGGUACGCUCUCAAACAAUGGCAUAAGUCGAGCAAAAAUAUCCGCGCGUCAAAUGAAAGUUACGAAGCAGAAAUUUCUACCUUGAAUUUCCGCCAUCCUAACAUUGCGCGUGCCUACUGCGCGUUGGAACUCGACGGAUUUCACACUCUGAUUAUGGAAUACGUCGGCCAUAUGAACCUACAGGAACUUAUUAACGCGCAGGAAGAACCUCUGGAAAACUACAGGCAAGUGAAGUUUGCGUUGCAUAUAGCUAGAGGUCUGGCGUUUGCCCAUCGAAAAGGUAUCGCGCAUUUGGAUCUGAAACCCAGCAACGUCCUUAUCUCGGAGCGAGAUAUCUGUAAGAUAGCCGACUUCGGCUGCUGUCAGAGUGUAGGUAGCGUUGAGCGACCUGCAAGUCCAACGAAGUCAAGUUUAACAGGUACUUUUGCCUACCUAGCUCCUGAGCUGCUUAAAGGUGAAUGUCCAACGACGAAAGCAGAUAUUUAUUCACUUGGAAUUUGCUUAUGGCAAAUGCUGACGCGAGAUAGGCCUUAUGCCGGACAAAAUCCGCACGUAGCGAUAUUCGCCGUCGUUGCUUUUGGAGACAGACCUUUAAUACCAGAGGAGAAGAUUUUAGAGUGCAAGGAGCAGUGUUUUGUUGAUCUCAUGAGAAGCUGUUGGCAAGCAGAGCCUUCGUCGAGGCCUUGCGCACGCGGGCUGGUAAAAAUACUUAAAAAAUGGGAAAAACAUUGCGAGCCGGUUGAUGAACUCAACGACUUCUGCAUUCGCUCCACUCUUCAUGCCAAUGAUGUGUGAACUUGAUCUUUAUCCACGUGCUGUUGUCCUGACAACAUUAAGGAGCUUUUGUCUGUAUUGUUUUAGUCGCGCGAAGCAGCUGCUGCAAAAUCGUUUUUUGAUAUUGAUGUUUUUAUCCAUUAAUGAUACCGGGCGUAAUUUUCUUCUCAAAUAAAACCUACCUUCGACAAUCCACUUUUAUAAAUCCUAGGGAGAAAUCUUUAAUGGUUUCGUACAAUUUUAUCUUCGUUAAUGAGUCAUCCACUUUAAACAACGUGCGUAGGCGUAGUUCAUAUUUAUAACGACUUUCAAUGCUUUCAUCUGCUAACGAUUCUAUUUUGAGAACUUUACAAGAACGAGUAGUUAGUGUAUUGGCGCUUCAAAGGAAAAUUUGCACAAAAAAGGGAAAAAUACAUUUUUUACGAUGUAAAUUAUUUGUAAUGUAUACAGUGUGUGAAGUGAUUUGCAAAACAAUUUUAUUCGUGCGAAGUUUCAGUUCGUUAUAUUUAGUCGAGCGGAGUUUUACUUAAUUGGCAACAUGUCUGAAUAAAAUCUUGUCCUCUCAAA